UGACGAAGAAGACGCUUCCGGAAGUGAGUGUGUGCUAAGCGUGCUUCAGUGUCAGUUUAAACCGGGAAGAUUUUCAUGCUAAUUAAACCCGUGUUUUUAUUAUUGUAGUGUAUGAAUUAAUUGCUGAAUCUGGUGUGUGGAUGAAGCGCGAGAAGAAUCGGGAGGUUUUACUGCAGUGUUUGUUACACACUUGAAUAACGCUGUUAAAUGUGGUGUCCACGGUAACGGCUGGGGUUUUAAUGUGACUUCGCGCUGACAGACGGAGAGGACUUCCGGAGGAAAAGCAGCAUGGAGGCCGCUCUGAGCCGGCUGAAGUCUCUGAGUGCUGAUGAGCUCAGGGAGGAGAUCCUUAAAGCCAACCUGAAGUGUGGCCCCAUCACGGCCACCACACGCGGCGUAUUCGAGCGUAAACUCGCCCGUGCCCUCGUGGAGAACGCUGGACUCUCCGACUCCGGAGGAUCGAGCGCCACCUCGGCCGAAGAGGGGGACGUCGGCUAUCAUCUGGGCCUCAACCCGCCUGAGGAGGAGCCACUGAGGGAGAAGAACGUGUCCCCGUCACGACAUGAGGUCCAGACGCCGAACAAAACGCCCCAGAUCACGUCUGCGCUUUACUACGGCGUGUGUCCGCUGUGGGAGGACGUGCUCGCCAGGAACGAGAGGGUUCAUGUGUACACGGAGAAGAAGGAGGCUCUGCAGGCCGUGAAGAUGAUGAAGGGCGCUCGCUUCAAGGCCUUCUCCUCCCGAGAGGACGCUGAGAAGUUCGCCAAGGGACUGUGUGAUUACUUCCCGUCCCCGAGCAAGUGCGCCCCCUGUGUGUCCCCCGUCAAGACCGCCCUGGUCUUCGGCAAAGACGGCUCGUCUCUGGCGGAGACAGACGGGAUAAACCGAGAGAAGGCGAACAGCUUUAAGAGUCCUCGUCCUCAGGACCUGACGGCGAGGCUGCGCGUGUGUGUGGAGCGAGGUGACGAGGUCGGAUUCUCCGAGCUGGUGUGGAGCAACCCUCGCUACCUCAUCGGCUCCGGGGACAACCCCACCGUGCUGCAGGAAGGCUGCAGGUAUAACGUGAUGCACGUGGCAGCGAAGGAGAACCAGGCGUCCGUGGCCCAGCUGCUCCUCGACACGCUGGAGAACGCAGACUUCAUGCGCCUGAUGUACCCUGACGACACGGAGACCAUGCUGCACCAGCGCGUUCGCUACAUCGUGGACCUGUACCUCAACACGCCCGACAAAGCAUGCUUCGAGACCCCGCUGCACUUUGCGUGUAAGUUCGGUUGUGCGUCGGUGGUGAACGUCCUCUGCUCUCAUCCCCAAAUCGACAAACACAGGAAGAACAAAUACGAGCAGAAACCCUGCGAGAUCAUUUGUGAGCGAAUGAAGGAGAAAAACAAGAUCACGGAAAUCAGGCAGAAGAUCACAGGGUAUCUAGAAGACCGGUGUUACGUGCCCCUCCUCCGAGCAGCUGAUAACUCUGCCCAGCCAGUGAUUGGUGCCCCCUGGUCUCCCGAGCUGAUGGAAAGGUCUUCACCACGAUUACCCAGAAGCCCCCGGGAACCAGUGAUGGCGGUGAAGGCCUUCGCCGGACCCCUGAGCCCAUCAAAGGCGGAUGAGUUCAGGCGUGUGUGGAAGACGCCCCCGAGAGAGCGAGCGGAGUAUUUCCACCACAUCUUCAAAUCGGACCCGGAACGUGGAGCCGAGCGAGUUGGCAGGGACCUGGCGCGUGAGCUGGGCCACCCCUGGGCAGAGUACUGGGAUUUCCUGGACAGUUUUGUGGACUUGGGGUCAGUAGAAGGUCUACGGCGCUUGGAGGAGUUUUUAAAUAAGAAGGACUUCACUGAGCGCGCUCGAGAUCCGAGUGGGGAACACAACAACAGCAACAAGUUCAGAACUCCUUCUCCAGGAAAGCAGAAGAAGUUCAGUAACUCGGUGUCAGUCGGAGCGUUCCUGGAUGAAACUGAUAUCUCACUGGAGGAGAUUAAAAACAGACAGAACGCAGCUCUCACCAGCAUCUCCUCCUCCUCCUCCUCCUCUUCAUCCAGUGGCUCUCAAGACGACCGAAGUGGGCGGGGCUUCCACAUCCUGCCCGUCUCCCAAGACCCCGCCCUGAUCGAGCCACCAAACCCCGCCUCUUCCUGCCCGCCGUCCCCCAUCUCCAACCUGAUGGCGGAGUUCGAGCGCAUGACGCUGCGUGACCGCUCGGACGUAAGCGAACAGGACGGGGCGGAGCUUCCAAGCACAAGUUCGGACGAGUAUUUCCUGGCGCAGGAGAGCGAGGAGGGGGAGGAGCAGAGAGCAAGGACUCGAAUGGGAUCAAAUGGCGAGCGAUUGAUCUGUUCACGCUCCAGAUCCUGGGAUCACACCAGCUCCGGCUCCUCCUCUGGAUCCUACAGAUCAUUGGACCGUUCGAAUGACCUCAUCCUGACCACACCCCCUCGACUCAGGAAAGGGCUCUUUAUCGAGGGAGACUCUCCUUCCAGACUGGACCGAGACGUUUACACCGCAGUGGGAGGAGUUGAAAUCGACCCGCUCAAAUACCCCAGCAUUCACAAGUGGAAAAGCACCAUCGAGUCCUACACCAGUGCCGAGAUGCAGAGUUGGCCGACUCCGGCUGUAAUAAGGACUCACCCCAGACUCCAGUCUUUGACUCCCGGUUCUCCUGCGAGUCGUUACAGUCCGGUGAGACACGCCUACUCCCCCGACUUCACCAGUCCUGGGCGCUACAGCCCCGCCCACUGUAGCUACAGCCCCGCCCAUGCCAGUUACAUCCAGCGUAUUCGACUCAAGCACUUCGGAGACUCGCCCAUUUAACAAACGCUGGGCGUGGACUCUGUGUCUCUCCUCCGUCCCUCUGUCCCUCUGUCCUCCACCAGUCUGAGACACACAGGGCUCCAACGCUGCUUAAGAACUUUGUACAAAAAAACCCAUUUAGCGUGAAGUGAACUGGUACGCUGUAGUGUAUAUUUUUCCUUUUCUUAUAUAUAGGUAGUCCUUUUCUUAUAUGUGUGUGUGUGUGUGUGUGUGUGUAAGUGUACGUAUGAGUGUAGAUUUGUAUCCGUAAUUAUUUAUGGCUGAUGCAGACGUAUUGAAAUGUACGCGGUACUCUGACGUGUUGGAGAAAACUAGCUGAAUGAAGAACGCUAAUGAAUUGUUCAUGUGGUAGAACUCUGUAGCACAGCUUCAUAUGGUGAAGAGAUGGGGGACGUCCCCCUUGCAGCGCCACCUGCUGGUCCCAAACGCAACUCUGUCUGGAUUCAGCAGAUGAGUUCUGUUUUAUUUCACUUCAGUAAUAAACGUUGCCAAUUCGUCCA